AUGUCUUCAAUGUGGAUCGAAUUUCUUUUCAUCCUGACUUUGGUACUUCCUUAUUUUGAAUAUUCCCGCAUCCAGAGGACUCCAGGCUGGUUCCUCUUUGUCCAAGAAUGGUUUCCAGAGAUUGUCAUGUCAAGUCCACACAAUAUUAAAUCAAAGCCAAAUUGCACUAUGUUUAAAAAUCUUGAAUGCCCCAGAACCCUGGACCCAGUUUGUGCAAAUGAUAGAAUUACAUAUGCAAAUGACAGUUAG